AUGUCAGAUGCGCGACCCUCGAGGAGCCUGCCUUUCAAGGCCACGGCUUUGAUGCGCAAGGGUCCAGCCCCAACGCCUUCCGAUGCUGGGCCCAGCAGCAACGACGACUACAUGAGCAUCUUCAGUCGAAGAAAGGAGAUGGAAACUGUCAUUGAACGAGACCGGAGGAAGCGCUCGCAGAAGAAGGAACGGCGCGAACAGAAGCAAGUUGAGGAGCGUCGGCGGUCUUCAGAGAAACGGUCUGCCAGUGCGGCUCUGGACAUUAGUGAGCCUGGCGAGGAAGUGCUCGAAGCAGAGAAACCCUCUACACCAUCGAAGCGGACAAGGACUGGUCCACCAUCCACACCACAAACGAAAUCGCCGAGUAGACGACAAAACACUGCUACGCGGGCGAAGCGCGAAGUGCUGCGCUCUGGAUCACACAGAUCAACGCCGCGGAAACCGGCAGAGGCAGUAGCACAAGAAGCAAUGGGGCGCGACGCUGAAGUAAUCCCCUUGGAUUCGGACGACGGCGACGAGCCAUUCAACUCGCCAGUCAAGACGCGCAAAGCCGACCUCGAGGUCACCAAGGAGCCCAUUGCCAUACUAGACGAUUCGGAUCACGAGCCGGCACCUCAAGAGGAUCCGGCAGAAGAGUUGGACGAGUUUUGCGCCAGCUUUGUCCGCAAAGCACAGGAGGAAGCCAAGGCGCGAGCGCAAGGUGUUCAGCAAUCGCCUAUAAUUGCUGUCUGCAUUUCCAGUCCUGUACCCGCCACCAAGGCCAUACGAAUGAGGAUGCGUCUCGAUGAUCCGCUCAGCAAAGUCCGCAGGGCGUGGGCGACGCGGCAGUACGAUAACGACGUUGCUGUCGGCGAUGAGCGCGAUCUGGUCCUUGUGUGGCGAGGCCACGUGGCCUAUGCAUCCUCCUCGUUCCGAGCCCUGGGUGUACGGCCGUCGCCCUGGGGCCAUGGCUUCACCACAGAUCAUAAUGACCGCGCGGCCCUGACAGAGGACGGGGCGGGCGUCUUUCUGGAGAUCUUCACGUCCGAUCUGUGGGAGAAGUUCGAGGCGGAUAGGAAGAGAGAACAGCUCCGCGAUACCGUGGGAGAUGACUCGCUGAAUCAGUCUGGGCUCGGGGCAGAUCAUGACGUUAAGCUGGAACCAGAAGUCAAACUCAAGGUCAUCUUGAAGGCCAAGGAUCUCGAGUCUGUCAAGUUGACGGUACGUCCCGAGACGACCGUGGAGACGUUGAUCAUUGGCUUCAAGCACGGACGAGAUGUCAGUGGACAGGUGACCCUCUGGUUCGAUGGCGAGUGUCUCAGUGAGUCGAUGACUGUGGAAGAUGCCGAGAUCGAAGACAUGGAUUCCAUCGAGGUCCAUAUCCAAUGA